AUGAAUUUAGAAUUGUUUGCAAACGAAUUAUUGCUGGAUAUAUUUGAAUAUUUUCAUGCUGUACAAAUUCUUCGAAGUUUUCAAGGUCUCAAUAGACGUUUCGACACGCUAAUCUUGACUCAUUUUCAAAAGCAUCGUUUCGAUUUUCGAACAGCAUCCAAAAAAGAUUUCGAUAGUGUUUGUGAAAUAAAUCUCCCAUUAAUUCUUGAUCAAAUUAGUUCACUUGGUCUUUCAAAUGACGAUGAAAUUCCUCACCAAAUUGAUUUAUUUCGUUCCUAUGGUUGGAAACUUGAUCAAUUUCAAAAUCUUUCCUCACUUUCAUUAGACCAUAUUCGUUCAGGUGACAUAGUUUGUGAAGUUUUAUGCGAAUGUCCUCAACUGAUUCAUUUGAAUUUGAAUUCAUGCUAUUUUGGCGGUAAACAAGAUGAUAUUCUUCGUUUUGUCAAUUGUGUUUGGAGCUUACCUAAAUUGACUUACUGUUGUUUGAAUAUGAGCUUUAAACAUGGACUCACCAUGCCAAUAUCGAACAAUAUUUCAUUAUCAUUGAAACAUUUAUCAGUCUUAGGUGUCUCUUACCGCAUUGAUCAAUUAACUCAGCUUUGUGAAUAUACACCGCAUCUUCAAUAUUUUACAUUCGACUUAUCCAGUACUCGUUCUGGCGAAGAAAUAAAAAAAUCUAUUUCAUCAAUAACUACAUUAAAUCUUGUUUUUGUUGGUACACAGCAUGGCAUUAUAGAAAAUUUACUAAAACAUGUCCCGAAUUUGUGCCGACUGAAAAUCGAAACAAUGUAUUUGGAAAUGAAUGGGCAUGAUUGGGAACAUAUUAUUUGUCGUUGUUUACCGAAAUUAAAAGCAUUUCAAUUAAAAAUGAGAUUCGAAGUUACGAGAGAAAAACAUAGAAAAGAACUGUUGAAUUCAUUUCAAACUCGAUUUUGGCUUGAAGAACAACAAUGGUACAUUCGGUAUCAUUACAAUUUAGAUGACAGCUCCAAAAUGAUUUGUCUCUAUACUUUACCAUUUAGUUUUUCUUAUCUUGAUAUUUUCUUUCCUAUUCAUUUCGAAUCGACUUGUCCACAAGAUGAUGAUGAUAAUCAGUAUUUAUCAUAUAAUCAUGUUCAACAUUUGCUGUAUCGUUCUUCAUUAACAAACAACAUAAUUGUGUCGAAUCUUCAUUUUUCAAAUGUAACUCAACUUUCAAUAACUCUUCCUGCAAACAAUAAUUUACUGUUCAUCAUGAAAAAACUUGAUCGAUUAAAUACACUAGAAGUAUCACGUUCGAAGAGUAUGUCAAAUGUUGACGCGCAGUUACAAUUGCAAAAUAUACUUGACCUAGCACCUUAUAUAUGUUCCUUGAGAUUUAAUUCAUGGCGAGAAGGUCAAUUUCAAAAUCAAGAUUCUUUGAGGACUGGUAGAUUAACACCGAUCGUCUUGAAAACUCGAUUGAUUCGACAGGUCAAUUUGCGAGGCUAUGAUUGGUGGUUUAACGAUGAAGAAUGCGUAUUGAUACGUGAUUCAUCAUUAAUGAAAAGUUGUGAAGUACUUUUUAUCAAAGUUCAAAAUAGAAUGAAUUUACUUUAUCUUAUCAAUUCACUGAAUAAUUUGCGAGCAUUGAUUGUUCAAUCUCGUGAUGACAAUUGGACUUGGAAUGACUAUUCUUCGUCAACAGGUGAUUCUUAUGUUCAAUGGUUACAGCAGAACUUGCCGUCGAAGUGUUCCGUUAAACGAGACUCUCGUUUCGUUCAUUGUAUUCGAAUAUGGAUUCGUUUAUAA